GUUUUGUCUGAACGGGGGACCGGGAAGGCUGCGAGGACUGGGAAAGAGGAGGAGGGGGGGGAGAGGUGGCGGCGGAGACGCGACACAAACAGCUCGCGCCCAGGACGCCGCGCUAGGCCCCGAGCGCGCCGGCGCAGGGCCCCGAGAGGCGCGCGCCGGGCCGGCCGCCGGCCGCAUGGAGCGCAGCGCGGCCCGCGGCUCCCGGGCGGCGCAGGCGGAGGCAGCGGCGCGCUCGCUCCCACCCACCCCCGCCCGCGGCCGGCGCGCCGCCCCGCCGUAGCCGCGGGCGUCCCCGCGGGCCGGGCCAGCGAAGGCGGCGCCCGCGCGUCUGCCAGCCCGGGAGGCCGCCCCGCGAGCCCCGCCGAGCCCCGCAGUCGCGCGUCACCCCGGGCCCAAGCCGCAGCCCGCCGAGCAGCCCCGGCGCCCCGGGGGCCGCGAGCCCGGCGCGGGAGGCAGGCAUGCAGGCUAGGCGCCUGGCCAAGCGCCCCAGCCUGGGCAGCCGCCGCGGGGGCGCCGCGCCCGCUCCUGCCCCCGAGGCCGCCGCGCUGGGGCUCCCGCCCCCCGGCCCCAACCCGGGGAGCUGGAGGCCGCCGCUGCCGCCGCCGCCGCCGCCGCCGCCACCGCGCGGGACCGGCCCCCCGCGCGCCGCCGCCGCCGCCUCGUCGCCGGUUCUGCUGCUGCUGGGGGAGGAGGACGAGGACGAGGAGGGCGCGGGCCGGAGGCGCAGGACGCGCGGGCGGGUGGCGGAGAAGCCCCGAGGGGCCGCGGAGGAGGAGGACGACGACGAGGAGGAGGACGAAGAGGUGGUCGUCGAGGUGGUGGACGGCGAUGAGGACGACGAGGACGCGGAGGAGCGCUUCGUGCCCCUCGGACCCGGCCGUGCGCUCCCCCGGGGCCCGGCCCGGGGCGCGGUGAAGGUGGGAAGUUUUAAGAGAGAAAUGACCUUCACAUUUCAAUCAGAGGACUUAAAACGUGACUCCAACAAGAAGAUAGCUCAUCACUUGUUCCCAUUGGCCAUGGAGGAAGACAUGAAAACAGUGGAUACCAAAAAAGCCAACCGGAUCCUAGACCAGGAGAAAGAAAACACUCGAUCCGUUUGCCUUCUCGAGCAGAAGCGGAAAGUGGUUUCCUCCAAUAUCGAUGUCCCUCCAGCAAGAAAAUCUUCGGAGGAACUGGACAUGGAUAAGGUGACGGCAGCAAUGGUUCUCACCAGCUUGUCGACCAGCCCUUUGGUCCGCAGCCCUCCCGUUCGGCCUAAUGAGUGCCUCAGCGGGUCCUGGAAGGAAGGUGCUCCGUCCAGCAGCAGCAGCAGUGGCUACUGGAGCUGGAGUGCCCCCAGCGACCAGUCCAACCCGUCCACGCCCUCCCCACCACUGUCGGCUGACAGCUUCAAGCCCUUCCGGAGCCCAGCUCCACCUGAUGAUGGCAUCGACGAGGCGGAGGCCAGCAACCUGCUCUUCGAUGAACCCAUUCCCAGGAAGAGAAAGAACUCCAUGAAGGUGAUGUUCAAAUGCCUCUGGAAGAACUGUGGCAAGGUGCUGAACACGGCAGCAGGCAUCCAGAAGCACAUCCGGGCCGUCCACCUCGGGCGAGUCGGGGAAUCUGACUACAGCGAUGGCGAGGAGGACUUCUACUACACAGAGAUCAAGCUCAACACGGACGCAGUGGCUGACAGCCUGAGCAGCAUGGCCCCAGUUUCACCCUCCCAGUCCCUGGCUUCACCUCCUGCGUUUCCGGUCCAAGACUCCAGCCGAACAGAAAUCCCUUGUGCCAAAACAGAUGCUAAGCUGGUGACGCCGCUGAGCCGCUCAGCCCCCACCACCCUCUACCUCGUGCAUACUGACCACGCUUACCAGGCCACACCCCCGGUGACUAUUCCAGGAUCGGCUAAGUUUGCCCCCAAUGGCAGCAGCUUCAGCAUUUCCUGGCAGUCUCCUCCAGUCACUUUCACGGGUGUUCCGGUGUCUCCGACGCAUCACCACCCAGUGGGCUCAGGAGAGCAGAGACAGCAUGCCCACGUGGCCCUGUCCUCCCCGCCCAGAGGGACAGUCAGCCUGAGGAAGCCCAGAGGAGAAGGCAAGAAGUGCCGCAAGGUUUACGGGAUGGAGAACAGGGACAUGUGGUGUACCGCCUGCCGCUGGAAGAAAGCCUGCCAGCGGUUCGUCGACUGAGCCAGGGGCGGGCUCGCCCCAGCCCUUCCUGCCUCGCCUUCCAGAGGAAGCCACUCGUGGCCCAGGGAAAGCCCUUCCUGCAAUCCCAGGGAUAUGAUUCCUUGGUGGAAUUAAAGCAAAAAAAAAAAAAAGAAAAGAAAAGAAAGAAGAAGCAAAAAAUUAGGACCUGCACUGCUCUGAGAACCGGGCAGCAAGAAGGACUUUUUCCAUUCAAAGAAAAGCCAGCUUUGUUUGCUGUCCAUCUGGUCCUAAAGCUGAUCUUCUGGAGCAGCUUAGCCAACCAGGUCCAUCUCACCUAGAGAGAAGGCAGAUUUUUGAUAAGCUGUCUGAACUGUGGCAUUUUCAAGGGUUUUUGACACUUAACAUGCCCACCAGCUACACAACAAACCCGUAAGCUAUGAAGUAGCAUUUGUACAAAGGACAGUACCUGCCUUGUGCGUAGGCAUUUCCCUGUUUUCCAGCCAGCUCCUUGGAGCAGUCCAGAUCAUGAUGUAUUUCAAGAAAGAACUGUACACUGGGUGUCUCUUCUCUGUCUGUUUUCAAGAAGGACCCCACGUGGAACCAUGUAAAGAUGUUCACUUGGAGGCUCCGGGUAUCAUAAGGCCAGCAGUGAUGGGCAGUGGGGUCCGGACCCCAAGCCGCACUGCAGAAAGCAUGUGGGAGUCGUCCUCAGAUCCCAAGCGGUAGCACAGCCACGCCUCUGCCCAGCACAGAAGCGAGCUGGCACCAGGAGCACUUGGGUAAGCCUCGAUGCUUCUUUGAGGGAUAUCACACAAACUGCAACCUGGAUAGAGUGCCUGGCUCUGUAGGCAGGACUGGGUUAUCAUCCUGCUCUCCGGCUCCACCAGGUAGAGGACGCAAGACCCGCCCACAGGUUCGCUUGGAGCAGACCACAGCUAAGAUGCCCCUGAGUGUGAGAAAACCCAGUAAGGCAACAAGCCAACUUCUAUUCUGUGUGCACUUUUAUAGAACGCGUGCUUUAUGUGUUCUAGGGGACAAGCCCGUGGGCACAGUGACAUGUGGAUAAUGGAAAGCUAAACUUUUUUUUUUCUUAUAGAAAUAUUGGAACUAUGAAUUAAGAAUCUGCUCAGACACUAACUUACAGAAUGCCCAAAGGAAAACACACCUUGGUAUAGGACUCUCCGUUCAGUAGGGCCAGGGCUCACACUGGGUCCCAGCUGUUGGAUGUCUACACUGGUGGGCUUGGCUGUUUGAGGGGCGGAGCUUGGAGAGCAGCCAAAGCCCUGUCUGUAUGCUUAUUCUCUGCCUGCCCUGCUUCAGAGCUGAGUGUCCUGUACCUAUGCAGAGUAAGCACCUUAUAGGAGGCACGGGGUGGGGAUGGGGAACAGGUGUCAGCCAUACGAAUGUUAAGGGAAAUUGCACAGAGGGGAGCUUAAUAUAUGUUUAAAGACUGUACAUAGUGCUUUUUUAUGGAGUAGAAAGAAAUCAUGUAGUAAUCAGAGACACCCCUUUUUUUACGUAAGGGGUAUAUAUGGAGGUUCUGCAGCGGAACACCCUUAAUUGGUGCGUUCAUGUAUUUUGGCAAUCUUAUUUUUUAAAUUCAUGUGGCUUUUUAAAAGAUUAUUUCUUGAAAGAUACCUUGAUCUUUUCCUUCAGAUAUUUAAAAGAAAAACAAAACACUUAUUUCAAAAGAAAAGAGAAAGCUUUAUCUGACCCCCCCCCCCCAUAGGUUGGUGAUCACCGUCAGCCACACCAGCUGUUCUAGAUGUUUUGACCUGCAACCAGGAAGCCGAAUUUUGUUUUUGAAAUGCUGAGAUUGAGUUCUUUGCCCUGGGCAAGUCCUGUAUCCUAUCUCUUGUAGCCACACUGCUGGAACCGAUGCUCUGGCUGGUCCAAGAGGCCCUGAGCACUGUGUAGGUUGUCACGGUCAGCUGUUUGAUCAAGUCCACCUCCCUCGUGCUUACAUAAUAGAUGGACCCUAGGCUGGAGAUUUCCUCUUCAGCAAAGCUCCAGAAUUGUUCUUUAAAUCGCAGAUGAAGACUUUAAUCAAAAUGUUAAGGUGAUGCAAAGUUAAAUCCAUCUUCUCGAGAGAACUUGAGGAUAGGGGGAGGCUCUCUGCACGAGAGCAAUCCUUAAGCAAGGCGCUGUGGCUGUCUCCCCAGGAGACCAGCCCAAGCAAGGCUCGGUCGUUCCGCGGCUGCUCAGAACACACUGUCAGCCAAGUCAAGAAACCAAAUACCGGACCUGGACACCUCGUUCUCCCUAAAGCCUUCGUCAUAGCAGCUUUGCUGCAUCUCCAGCCCUGCCUGGGGCUGUGGUCUACAGGCCAGCCUAGGCACUUCUUCUCGUCUGGCUUCCAGGUGCACAGGCAUCCUGAGUACGGUUCUGGACAGCAUGCCCGUUCCCUGUGUGGAAGGCUGUGACCCCAGGGUACCAGAAAACACUGAAUUGCAACAUACAGUUGCCGAUUACAUGAGUUACCUUUUUUUAUGCGUUACAUUUUUUUUAAACAGUUAUUUUGUUAUUUGGAGAACUGAACAAAGUGCCAAAUAAAGCCUGACUUUACAUUUGAUGCCAUCUCCAUGAAACUCCAUGAAGCUUCUCGUGCCCGCAUUUCUUGGAGAAACAGGGAACGGUGCAAACCAUCUCAGGCAGGCAGACUGCUGGGCUGAAGUUCUGAGCACCCUCAGGGCCCAUAGCCCUGUCUGCAACAGGAAUGACGGUGCAGUGAACUCGUGUCCAAUGGAAAUAUCUGGGGUUUUUGUUUGUUUGUUUGUUUGUUUUCCUUGCAUUGAUGCCUCUUCCUCCAAAAAAAGUUUUCUCGUUUCUCCCAGAGAAGGCAUGCAUUUCACAGUGACUGACAGGACAUUUCUCCAGAAAGAAAUGUGUGCAACGGGCAGUAGUUUCCGCUUAGCCUUCCCAGAGUAUGGACACUUAAGCUUGUGAAAGCCAGAGAGACAACCUGGAGAAAACCGCCAGGUAGCAAGCAUGUCAAGGAGGCAUUGCAAAAGACCUGCACACUCCUGCCUCCCCCUCAUGUGCUGCUCAGCCAGGGACGCUCAGUGUCCGCUGCAGAUGUCUGAAACGAGAUGGAAGCUGCUUUGUCCAGGGGCCAUCCAACAGGCUCGCCCUUCUGCCUCCUAUUCUGUGCUGUUUCUCUGUGGAUUGGUAAAAGCCAGCGCCAGAAACAAAGCAGUGGGUUUCCAAACUGGAGUGGGCGUGUAGUACCUGAUGACAGCUCCAUUUCCAAGAGGCUCCCUUAUGAGGCAGUCCCCUGCCACCUGUGACAGAGCUGCGAACGGACAUUAUCAACAGAGAACAGCACUGGUGGUAACCCCUGAGCUUUCAAAAAAAAAAAAAAUUCUCUUCAGAGAUGGUCACAUGUAUGUUGCAAAAAAAAAAAAAAAAGAAACCAAAUUGUUUCCCAUCGCAAUUCAAGAAAACGCGAGUGGAAGUCUGCUAUCCUAGCGUGUCAUAUUUUCUCCAGAAGCCCUGGACUUCAAGUGAGCGGCCCUAGAAGAGUCCACCUCAUCUCUCACUGCAACUGCACUGCAAGACAAAGGUGGCAUUCACUGGAAGGUUCCGAGAAAAAGAGGCGAGAACGGCACAUACAAGGGUAUACAGUGAACACGGUAGCAGAAUUCUGUAAAUACUACUCAUUAUUUCCUCAGGGAAACGGGGAGGCUGUGCGAAGACAGAUCUGGAGAACCCCCAAGACUGAGAAGAUUUUUAUUGUCUCGUCUUUUCUUGUCAAAUCAAGUUGUUUUUUGUUUUUUUGGUUUUGCCAUGUAAACUCAGUAUCAUUUCAAGACAGAUCCGUGUCAGCUGCACGGGCAACUUUUGUGAGGCAUGGCAGACACACCCAUGCCUCACUGUCCUUUUCUAGCCGGCCUAAAGCUGACUGACGUUUGAGCCACACGUGCAGAGCCUCCUGGGUAUUUCUAGACAUGGUGAGGCUUUCUCUGAAUGUAAUUGUGAACAAAAAGCCUUGCUGUUCCUUGUUGUAAUCUCCCGGUUCGGGCAACUGUUUAUUAGCUAUCCACAGCAUUCUCUUAAGUGAGAGAAAGCUGUACACGACAUAUGCUUUGCUUUAGUGGCGGGUUAAGAAGCACACUGCCGUGGACUCUUAUGGACAAGGUGCUGCUUUUUCUCACAUCCUGUAAGAUUUCCACCACCCACGUCAGCUGUAGCAUUGACCUGUGUGAUCACGUACAAAUGGGUGGAGCCAGGGGGACCCAUCAAUAUGACAGAUAUGAUUGGGGGUGUGGGUCAAUUCGGAGGGCAUGUUAGGCACAAUGAGUCAACUGGAAACUUUAUUUCUGUCAGAGAGAACCUACCAGCAGCACACAGGCUCCCCUGAUCCUCCUCCCGGUAGAGAUUCCUCCCUGUUGCAACCAUUUCAUCCUGUCUUUUCUGCAUUGUAAGUAGCCAAGUGGGAAGUUAGUAAAUAAAAUGAGGUUAGCACUUUUAGGUACCAGUUGUCCUGAGUAACUGCACGCCAACAGAGCAAGGAAGUAUGAAACACACUCAAGACUGACUUGCUUUUGGUGACUGACUUUGAAAAGGCCCAUUUUCAAUGAUAUAAUGCUUUAAAGAGUGUACCUAUCACAGGACCAGGAAAGCAACAUGGGAAUUUUACCUCCUGUCCUGUUCUGUAAAUAGUUCCCUUUUUCCGAAGACAAUCUCAUGUUUUAUAACUUUCGUUGUGUGGGUCUGAGAAUCACAAUGGUAAUGUGUUAUGGUAAAUGUAAUCUUAAAUACAAUAAUAAUUACAACUUAAAUUUCCAAAUGAAAGAAAUAAUACCACUUAGGCUCCUGCAAGAGACAUGACACUUUUAUAAUAAACAUUAGUACUUAAUCUCUCAAGUUUAGCAGAACUGGAAAUAUUUUACAAGAUACCGUGUUUUAUAAUCACAGAGAACAUGAACACUUUGUGGGAAAUGACCUUGGUUUUAUACAGUGUAGCUUAUUUUUUAAAACGCAGUAUUUUCACCGGCAGGAAGUGUAGAUAUGGUACACAGAUCCUGUUCACCAAUCCAAGGGCUAUGCCUCUUUUAAGCAAGUGUUUUGAUGUGUAUCUUUUCAACUAACCCUCCAAGCAAGGGUAGAAAUGCAGAACAGAUAGAAAGGUUAUUUGCAAGAGAAUCGAUGUAGCGGCUUCUACUCCCUUAUCAUAACUAGUGUGUUUUCAGAGCAUGGGGGGGAGGGGAGGGAGUCACGUGAAGAUUCACUUUCUAUAUUGUAAAUGAAAAGAUGCUAGCACACAGGCUUCCGGGCCAUGGAAGAAAUAUUCCUUUAGUGUGAAACGUAUUCUCUUACGAGUUUUCGCCUGUCAGAACUACAUCCCUACCUUUAACAAGCAAACGUCUUUUGGUGGAAAUGUCUAAAAUCGGAGUAUGUACACCCAAAGAACUCUUAAGCCGUCAACACCGGCUGAAGAAUUUCGACAUCAGAACAACUGCUUUGUUUUACUUUUGUUUGUUUUUCACUCUGAAAACCUCACAGGCACCCAAGGUAGUGAGCAAAAAGUGACAGUAUUCCCAGGGGACGUAGGAAACAGGGAAGGGAGCUACACAAAUAGCUGUGAGCCUUGCCAAGACUAUUUUAAGCUGUUCACAUCCUCAAGCCCACUCACUGUUAAAGAAAGCAUCUUUUCUUCCCAAGAGUUUGUUGACUUGGAAAGCUAGCCCAGAGUAGCCAGAGUCUGCAGAGCCUAUGAAAACAGAAGCUGAGGUGGGCAGAUGGGUACCUGCUGGAUAAUUGAUGCAGCGCUCAGAAGGCCCGCUCGGGUUUGGCAGCAGCUAGCCUUUCAUGCUGCCCCUUGGGGUGGCACAUCUGAGAGCGUCUGAGUACCCAGCAGGUGUUCAGAGCUGCACGGCUUUGAACUGUGUGCAUCUUACUGUGAACGGAAGCCUCGUUACAGGGGCUGCACGUCAGGUGACCAGUGCGCGCCAGGACAAACGGUUUGUGGACUAGGCAGCUGACAUCUACUGAAAAGGAAGACCCACACUUAGCUUUUGACAAUCAGAACCCACAGGCAUCACACCAGGUUGCUAGGUCCAAAUUGGAGGCAUGGCAUCACCUGACAAUUAAAUGUUGACCACCAACAUACAUUCUUGGCUAAUACUCCAGACCAAAGAAAAGCUAUGUGGGCCAGGGGCAUCCUGUGGCCACUGGUUUCAGCUGUGGAAGUCAAUGCCACAUCCCUUGGCUAACAGGCCCAGUCCUCCAUGAGCACCAGAGAUGCACGUGGUGGCACAGACUGAGCAGUAGACAUUUCGAAAGAGGAAAGAAGCUAUUUCUCCCUAGAGAUUAGUCUCAUGGAAGGAAAAAUAGAAAUGUCGUAUCUUUACAUUAGCUUUCCCCCUGAUCAGAACAUACUGAGUUGUUAGCCAGCUCAGGUAAGAGCUGCCUCCUGGCAUACCCAGGCACACUCCAAAGUACUGAAUAGCUCUAACCCUGAUUCUUACUGUGUCUGCUACCGUGACCACUGUGAUGAAGGGCUGGCAAACAAAAAAAAAACAAAAAAAAAAAACAGUCUUGUGCCUUUCUGGAGGCAGCCAGGUGUCCUGAAGCUUUAAGGUGGCACACGGUCCCUCCUGUGCCAAUGCCCUCUGCCCUCACUCCAUGCUCCCCAGGCUAUCCCUCUCCUUGUUUCAUUUUACAAUUCCACCUCUGAUCUGACAAGGUCCUUGCUUCAGAACUAAUAGGUGCUUGGGUGUCUUCAGGUGUCUGUUCACCUUAAAGGAGGUUUUUCCGCUUAGAAAACCAUAGUAUCUUUGUCUGAGGGCGAAAUAAAAAUGAGAAUAACUAUGUCGUGGAAGAAGGGGCGAUCAGGUUAGACUCUUUCAUUGUUCUGAGCAACUACAUUCUUUUAAUUCUUCUUGUCGUAUUGAAGUCCUGUUACAGGACAGUUCCGUAUGAUAAAGCGUGUCUCAUUCAGACGUUAUUCUCUUUGGUCUUUAUAAGAACCUAGUGUAGAAAACAAGUACAAGCCAAGACAUCCAAGCCAAGACAGGGUAGUCUUGAACCCAUGACUCAGCACUGUCAUUUUGCCCGCAGAGACAGAGGAAAAGGCUGUCUUGGCUCUCUUCCACUGUGACUCAAAAGCCAUGGAUUCCCAAGGCCCCCAAGUUCUCAGUCCAGAAACAAAGAGCACACAUUCAUUCGUGUUACUUAGGGGAAAUGUAAUCAUCCCCAAAUGUGUCCCCGUGUUUACUAUGCUUGGUCCCCACGUUCUGUCUAGCAAAAUGGUAAAGUAUAGGAAUUUAUUAACUAAAGCAAUAUUCUAAAUAAGAAGUUUGACUUCCUGGGUGAAGAAAUGUUUUACUGCUGUCCUUUAGCUUUUCAGGCUAAAUUUUAAAUUGAUGCCGGAAAAUAUAAAAACCAGCUCAAAGUUACAGUUUGAAGAACCAAAUGUAAAAGACCUGUAAACAUGCUGGAAGUGCCUAGAAGACCAAUUAUGUCAUGUUUAGAUUAGAAUGCAAUUUAAAUAAUGCUGGCAAAGUUUGAGAUUGCUUCCAUUGGAAAUGAUUAAAAGGCUGUCCAGUAGGUGAAUGAACUUCAUCUCAGGUUGCCAAGGUGAGCAUCUUGAGUUCAGAGUAAAGUGCUUACAAAUAAUCUUGUCAUGAGACUAGAAGGAAAUAAAGAAAACAAAAAGCCAACCCUAUAUUUGUCUGUCACCUAGUUCAUUAUCAGGGUUAUUUAAGGCUGAGAGUCCGGAUGGUUUUCCCUUUUCUACUGUGAUGGAAAGGCAGCCCGUUGUGUAGUUUUAUGCCUGUCCUUGACAGGCAACACACAGAAAGAACCUAGUGUUCGUGAACAAGAGCUAAGCAAACAGCUAGAUUUUGAAGUAAGGUUCAGGUGAGAAUCAAAUAGCCGUUCUCUUUUGAAUGUUCUAUCGCAGUGGGCAUUAGCCAUAGAAUUGUAACACUCCAAAGAUUAUGCUACAAGACCAUUACAGAUCAAUCCUUGAGGCUGAUUAGCUAUUUUGCUGUUUUACUAGGACCAGAUUCUACCCAAAAUGUUAUUUAAGAAAAUUAGCCACAGUAUAACCUGGCUGUCCCUGAGAAAGGCAAGAGAGCUCUCCAGCAUUAAAGAAGGAAACCUUUGGGGAAACAAGGGGCCUCCUCCGUUUACUUCUCCUGUAUUGUCUCAGUCCCUGACUGAAGAGGGAAACCAACACUCGAGAGAAGACAUAAAACUUAAGUGAGAGUCUGGGGGACCAGCCCCCAUCUAGUUGCCAUUUCCACCAUCUUGGCAGCAGCAUGCAGGUUGGCUGGUGGAUAUUUCCCUACCUGUCUUCAUCUCUCAGCCCAGAGGCCAGGCUCAUUUCCAGAUCCAGGGAUGGGCCAUUCUUGUUCCUUGAUUGCUUAAUGGAUGCUUUCUCUGCCUUCGUUGCUCCAAGGCAUGGUUGCUCGCCCUUAUCUUGCUCAUUUUGCUCGGUGAGUGGCUACCCUUCCUGCAGGGGAUGAACAGAUGUAGUGUCCUGGAGGUGUCCACCCUGCCACACUCAACGCCAGGACGCAGCGGCUAAGCUGUGUCUUAGAUCCCUCCUUCUGUUCACCUACCCAGAGCUGAGGGUCAGCCGGGCAGUGGGAUCUGUUAGAAUGGAAUGUUGCAGGCAGCCCAGGGGACUUCAUACUAGAUCCUGCCGGCUCUGACUUCCGCCUGAGGAUUACAGUGAGAACGGGGCUGGCCUUCACUCUGUGAUGAAGGAGUACAAUUGUUCCUGUUUUGUAGCUCUGGAACUUGAAAACGACUCACCUUGUUAAACAUUCAUUCCUAACCGAAGGAUAACCCCACCUUUUAUUUCUGGCACAGGCAACAAGACAGAGGGAAAAGGAGGCACACUGAAGGCUUGUGGCUACCCUUGGGUUUGAGUUACCCCUCAGGAAUCCAUCCCUGGAUGGGGAAGGAUGGCUGAGCUGACAGAUUAUAAUCAGAAGGAUUACUCUUUUAGGCCCUUUCUCUAUAUCAUUGGAAGUCAUUGGCUGUGACAUGGCAUGAUCUCAACUCCUGUAUGUCAUCACAGCUUCAACUUCCAGUGUCCCAACUGGGGAAACUGAUCACUGGGAGAGAGCUUCAGAUGAAAUCUGAACGAAAUCUUUCAUUCAGAAAGCACAUGGUACCUCCCCAAGCAUACUACUUCCAUGACUUCCGUAACUAAAAAUACCCUGGGUGUACAAACAAGACAGGCCUGUGGAUUAUAUAUAGCAUAAACAUACCCUUACUCCAUAUUUUCCUACAGUACACCCUGAAAUUCCUAUUUUUGUAAUUAAUGGUUAGACUGUGGUCAAUCACUUAAACGCUCUAUGAAUUAACUAGUAUAGUUUCCAAAAUAUUUCAUAUCAUACUCCUAUAUGCAUGGAAGAACUCAGGGCAAGAAAAGAAAUGCUAGCUCCCAAAGGGUUCAAGACUAUCAGCAAAAGUGAAUGCCCGGUGGCCUUCAGCCACUGGUUGCAAAUGAAGGGUCUGGGAGAGGGACUGUUCGCUGCAGGUCCUCAGCUGCCCCUAGUGGUGGUAAUGGCUGUUAAAGGUAAGCCAUCUUUUGAACUCUUUUCUUCACCAAAUCUAAAACAUUAAAAAAAAAAAUUACCGAAUAUUUAAAGUGGGGUAGUUAGUGGAAGUGGUGUCUGUAGGAAGCUUUGCUCAUAAACCGAAGGCCAGGAAGCGGUCCUCUGGGGGACACUGGUGUUAGGAUAACAACAGCAAGCACGGGCAGGCACUGGUUGAGAAUUAGCAGCAAUGCUGUUUAAUGUAUAGAGGUCUUUUGAGGUCCAAUCUUGCCAUCAUUUCAGGGCUUAGUACUUCCUUACAAAGUCUUUAAUAAUGAAUGAAUGUAUAAAAUUAUAAACUAUGCAUUUUCAAAGAGAAACAUGUAUUUUAUAUCAAAUCAAAGUACUUUUUUUCAUAGAGACUUAUCACAACUACAGAUUAUUCAAAAUAAAUGAGAAUGCAAAUCCUCAUAAGGGUGUGGGAUGCCUUUGUUUUUCUCUCUGAUGGUUUCAAGACAAUGCAUUUAGACUAAAACUUUGGGCUCAAAAAACAAAACAAAACAAAAAAAAAAGACUAGCCAGUACAGUGGAUGAGGAGGAUAGACCUUCUCCUGAGAGGAGAUCACACACAAAGUCUGCCCAGCUCUUACAGGUGGAUGCUUUAGUAACACUGGGUUAACAGGGAAAUAAGGACGAGGGAUGGGGCUCAAAGGUAGAGCCCUUGUCUUGGCAUGUGUGAGUUCCCAGCACCGUAAAGUAAGCAGGCAAACAAAACGGUAGGAAGUUCAUAUUGCAUCAGCUCAAGAUGACCCAGGUUUGUUUGUUGUUAAUUUUCAAUCUAGCCAGAGGCAAGGAGUGCACUUUAAAGAGGUUAGGGUAUAGUUUUCAAUCGACAAAAUAAAGAUAUUAUCUGACAAGGCAAGCAGUUGGGGUUUUUUGGGGGGUUUUGUUUUUGUUUUUGUUUUUUUUUUCAAAAUUGCAUAGAGAUGAUCACUUAUAUUUUUAAAUAUCUCUGUAGAAUAUACUCACAUUUCUUCAGCCCUGUGCUGAUGGACAUUUUCACGAGACCUUUCCAACUGAUAAUUGGUCUUUUCCUCCGUGGGCCGUGCACACUCCCUGACUCCUGCAUCCUUCCCUCCACCCGACGAUGAGGGAAGAAAGCAUUUCUCCGCUGUUCCGGUUCUCUGUUGCGUCUGUGAGGAGGUUUGUAAGCUGUUUGUAGAAUACGGGGAAAACACACUUCUAAGCCUGAUAUUUAAGGUCAUACAAGAUAAGUUUGCUACCUAACUGGAAGUUAGUCGGGGAGGGGCAAUGUGUCUUUUUAUAUGAUUUUUAGCCAAAUCCAGAUGUUCUGAUACUACAUUUCUGAAUACUUUUCUGACUGUAAAUACCGCCUGCAGAGGUUCAGGUUGACAAACCUUUUCUGAGACUGUUCCUCAGUCAUGCUCCUUGCCAGCUUUUGGCACAUUGUACAUAGAUACGUCGAAUGUUUCAAUAAUGUUGUUUUUCUAAAUGCUGUUCUCUAACACAUUUUUUUUUCUUUUGCCUUUGUUGUUCUGGACUUUGUGUGUCAGUUUUACAAAACAUUUCCUAAGAUUUAACACCAGGAGAAAAAAAAAUAUUUUAAAAUAAACUGGUGCUAAUUGGAAAAGAAGAAAAUUUUCAGCUUCAAGAUUUACAAAAGAAAAUGUUCACACCAGUUAAACUGCACUUUCCCAAGGGGAUGGCUACUGUCCACUUACAAUGGGCAUCAAGAGGACCAGCAGAAGUUUACAGUAUUGAUGGCCCGUUUGUGGGUAGAGCAAAGAGCCCCUGUCCCCCAAGGGGAGGAUUUGCUGGGCAGUCCUCAAAGCAUGCAGUAGAAGGAGGGGGGUAGAGUAAGAACACUUUAGAAAUAGUCUCUUCUGGUCUUUGGACUUUCAUGUUCUGUGAUGCUUAGCUGUAAUGACGAAUAUGGUGUUGCCAACCUAGUCUGACGUCAUUGUCAACCUGUACUGACUCCGUGUAUGGUUCUACCCUUGGUUUGCACUGGCACGCACCAAGCCAGAACAGCGGUCUUUCAGAAAGACCGCUCUGAUUUCUAUGGUGUCCACACACAUGAACUUAGAUGCACUUGUAACUGGUUAAUUGCCAUGAAGUAAGUCUAACUUCCACUUAAUAAAAGUUUUUGUGUAUCUACUUCUA